GCAAAAGUACAAUCGCGAGAGUGCGUGGUGGUAUUCCGGGUAACGGGUCUUCGAGAUCGAAGAUAAUUAUGAGCAAGAGUGCGGCGAUGAUGAGAUGACCAUUUGAAUUGGAAGAAGAAGAAAAAAAAAACAAUAAAUUAAACUUGAAUUUGUAUUUUUUUUGCUCUGAUUUCGUAAACGGAAAGGCGAAAGAGAUUCUUAGUGGAAAGAGAAGACACCCGAAAUAUUCGUCUGUCGAUCGGAUCAGGUGUUAUGGAACUUCAGUAUAUAGUGAUGACGAUCAUAAAGAUACUCAUCUCCGUUCCGGCGAUCCUCCUGGUGACGGUGGACGCGGCCGCUCUCAUCGGCGGUCACCAAGACAACGUGGAUGGAAGAACGUCGACGUCUUCGUACGAUUUCAAAAUCGACCUGAGCGACUCGAACAGCCAGGAGAUUUACAAUUCGACGGAAGACGUUUACAGUGAGGAAAUCCCGAAUCCGUCGCCUCUUAUAGUGUCCGGCUACAAUCUGCCUGAGAAUUUAUUCAAUCGCGGAAAACCUUUCUACGGUGAAAGAGAUCCGUUAACUGGAAACAUCGGAUUCAAACCGUCGAAAGUUUACGAGGAUGAUUUCGAAGAGGGCGAAGUUGAGGACGAAGAGACGGAUCAAUCCGAGUACGAUAAGUCUAGUAUUGAUAGGAGAGAUGGACCGAUCUCUGGCAGUCACAAGACCAGCGAUAUCAAUCGUUUGACGACGAAUUUCCAUGAUUAUCUGAAUUUACCAGUGAAGUACAAUUCGAAUAAGUACGUUUAUCCGUUGAUCUCGAGUUCUUAUGCUAAUACUAAAGUGCAGGGGAAUGUUAACAAGCAUCAGAAUCACAAGAAUUAUAUAGUGACCACGUAUAAACCGACGAUGAGGCCUACGUAUUUCACAACUAAGCAUUACUUUAGUCAGGACAACGUCGAGGAACGACAAACCACAACCACAACGACGACUACCACGACGACUCCGUCCCCCACGUAUCCGAGUACCACGCAUAAAGACAAUCUCUCUAAAAGUCCGAUGAACCAUCCCAGCUUCAACGAAGAGUAUCCUCUGGAAACGACGACGAAACGAGCCAUGGGAUUCUUCGAGCAAAUCUUCGGUGAUUACGAUUAUUCUGAAGAAAAGAAAACUCCACCACCGAAGUUAUUCAAUAAUCUUCCCGCUAAUAAACCGGUGACCACUGAGAAGAACGUUUUAACAGGUUCCCAAAUGAGCUUUGAUUACGAUGAUUACGUUUCUAAACCCACCGAGAAAGAGUAUGACUAUUAUACUGAUCCCGUUACCACUCCGAGCACGACGACUACAACAACAACUACCACUUUACCUCCUCCCACUGAAGGAAUCGAUGAUGAGAAGGUGACUUCUUUGCCUCUGGGUGAAAACCACGUUACACAUAAUAACAGACAACCGAUUAUCGUGGCCACGACGAACAUCCGCGAGAAAUUGAACCACGAGAAGGUCAUCAGCAAGUUCAAUUACGUGCAUCCGCAAGCGCCGAGCACCAGCAACAUCCACAUCGCCCCAGACCAAGACACGGUUUCCUUCGUCGUCGGCAAUCACCAGAACGUUGAAGGAGGAUCUUACGUGGGCUCGAGCAUCAAGGAGAGUCCGUACGAAGGAAACCCGUUCAGACCGAUGAACAAUCUUCAGGAGAUUCGCAACGACAUCCAGAAGUACGGCAGCAGCGUUACCAUUCAACCCAUCCGCAGUUCAGAGGAAACUCUCUCAAUAGGGAUACAGGUGAAACCGGGGCAGGUGGUAGAUGAAAAACUGGAGCUGGAUAAGAACGUCGAGUUUCCGAAAGGGAGCGGUCCGAAAAUCGUGUUUCCCGAUGAAAAGACCACGCAUCUUCCGGAUUUAUCGCCACCGCCGCUUGUUCCACAACCGCAGCAAACGCCCAACAGGGAAAUACUCAAGUUGAGUUCGAAACCGAUGUACCAUCCGUUACCAAGUAAUUUAACACCGCCGGAGAAGAAAUAUCCGGCGAGGCCGAUGUACGGUCUUCGACCCCCGUGGGAUCCGAGACCGGGGCACUUCCACACCGGAAGACCGCAGUACGAUCAACCGCCGCGCACCAUCGAGAUCUUCAAGAGGAUCGACGAAGGAGUCAACGAACCGCCGGUAAUUCUUCCGCAGUUCCGCCCAAACAUUAAGAACAACUACCAUCACAACAAUUACCAUCCGAAGAACUACGCGAGGCAACCGCUGCUCGAAAGACCCUCGAAUCGUCCGAUCGCGUUCUUCGAGAAGCUGCAACCACCGCCGCUUCCGCCGAAGAUGAACAAGAAACCGGACGAGGAGAAGAUCCCCUCUUACGGGUUCCCUCCGAUUCCGCCGAAAGUUGUGAUUGCGAAUCGACGAAGCGGUGAUGACCCGGAAACUCUGCAGAUGAUCCAAGCCAAGAAAGACGCCACCAAGAUCACGCCCAUCAUAACCAAUCCGCAAAUCAACGAGGAUAAUCCUCUGUACGUGGUGUAUCCUGUAAAAACUCCGCCUCUUCACUUGGACGCGAUUGACAGCAACAAGAAGGAAUCAGUGGUGAUUGGGACGAGGGCCGAAUUACCUCUUCCCCCUUCUAAAAUCGAAGGGAUCAGAGAGCCGCCGCCUUCCAAAGAAUUCAAUUUCGAGCUGACAGAGCGACACGAUUCGCCCAUCCUGAAACCCCAUCCACGUCCAUCGCAUCCAAUCAAAUCCGAUUUUCCUUACCCUCUCGAAAGGCCGGAUCCGUCCAUCCUGCACGUACCAACGCCUGAAGUCGCUGAGAACAUCUUACCAGACGAACCAACGUUCAUAUCAUCCAACCAAUGGAACACCAUCGAAGACCCAGAAUCCAGGAUCAUCACAUCCAAAAACCCCAACCAAAUCUCUGCCACUCUGAAGACUUACACGGACCGUCCGAUCGCAGUAGCCUACACUCCCACGGAACCGAACGCGGAGAAAUUCGCUGCGAUCGGCGGUGAUUCCGAAUUCACCGUUAGCGCAGUGAUGCACACCCAUCCUCAAUUGAACCAGAAACCUCCUGUGAUGAUGAUGAUGAUGAUACCCAAACAGCAGCCGCAGCCGCAGCAACAACAGCAGACACCAGAAGACACGAUCAAACCUCAAGACUUCCAAGCACCAUUCCAAGCGAGCGUCAACCUGGACCACACCAUCUCCCAAGGUUGGCACGUCAUCCGCGACAAGGAAGAGCCGAAAGGAAAGGAAGAUUCUACCACGUCCCCGUCCGUCCUCACCACCAGCGAGUUCGACAUCGAGAACUUCAAACCGCAAUUGGAGGGCGGCUUCAAGCCCAUCUACAGUUUCCCCGACGCCGAAGCGAAGGAGAUGACCGUCAACGAGCGGCAGGAAUAGAGAGAACUCCGGACUGGCAAAAUUAAGGACAAAUUACUGGUGAUUGGUUUUAUUGGGAGGGAAAUGCAAAAAAAAAAAACGCGAAUUAAGUGG